AUGCAUGAGGUGGCGGAUCAUAUCAACCAUGCCUUGCUGGAACCUCUUGAGGAAUACCGGUUAACUGAUGAAAUUCCAAAGAUCCCUCUAGAAGAAGACCACGCCCCAGAAUUUCUAGUACAAGAGACUCUCUCAUCUCAAUCCUGCAAAGGCCGGCGGCCCCGAUGGGAUUCCUAAUUGGAUACUGAGAGAGUAUGCAGAAUUCCUUGCAUACCCAGUAUCUGUUAUACUGACUGCCUCCUUUAAGGAACAGCGCCUACCGAGCAUCUAGAAGUUGGCGGAUGUCACCCCUCAUCCAAAACAGAAGCCAGUAAAGGAGAUCAAGAAAGGCCUGCGGCCUAUAUCGCUCACCCCUAGUAUCUCCAAGCUCGCAGAGGACUUUGUCGUCACCGUACACGUGAAGCCAGCAGUUCUGGGUAUGCUGGAUCCUAGUCAGUUUGAAGCGAUACCAAAGUCGUCUACAACCCUCACCCUCCUUGAAAUGUUCCACGUUUGGUUGCAAGGGACUGAUAGAAACGGAUCAACUAUAA